AUGAGACUCAUCAAUGCUAUUUCCAGCCUGCUAUUCUUGCAGCCUCUCGGAGCUCUGGCUUGCGAUGGAUACCUCCAUUGCCACUGCUAUAACUCCGAUGGCAAGCCCAACGACGUCGCGACGAAAGCUGUUUGCGAUCGGUACUCGACUUCAAACGCGAACAUGAUCGAAUCCAACCCGUGGUCUGAUGGCGCAAAGGAGUGCAAAUACGUGGGUCCAGAGGGAGCAUGGAGGGGGGCUGGAAAGACAAGGGGCUGGCAUGCGUAUGCUUUCAGCAACUGUGACUGGCGUGUGAUGUGUCAGAAUGCUGGUGCAACUGGCUCAGAUUCCAGUUGCAGAGAUAAGCCGCCCCUGGGAGGCAAAUCUUCCCCCAAGGGAACGCUUGAUGUCCCACACAACUGA